AUGCUGCUGCUGCUGCUGCUGCCGCUCUGCCUGCAAACUUCACUGCAACAGACUCCUCCUUCCGGUCGCUGUGAUAUCUCGCAGCGGAUGGACAUUCAUACUUCCUGCACCUCCUGUGCCGCCGUCACCACCAGCAGCUGCCCCCAUGGCUUCAGCAACGUCAGAACCACCAACUGCAGUUACGUGGUGCGGAUCAGCCACGGAGAUAUGGUGCUGGAUGGAUGUCAGCACGUCUGUGUGAAGAACUUCAUGCAGCCACAAUGCUGCCCGCAGCACUGGGGACCCCUCUGUCUGUCCUGUCCUAGCUGGUCAGGAAAGACCUGUAACUUUCAUGGAACCUGUCAGGAUGGAGACGUUGGCAACGGGACCUGCGUCUGUGAAGACGGUUUCUCCGGCUUUGCCUGUCAGGAGUGUACAAAUCAGAACGCUUAUGGAGAAAACUGCGAUAAAGUGUGUGACUGUAUGAACGGAGUGUGUAAUAAAGGUCCGGAGGGUGACGGACAGUGUUUGUGUAAGCCGCCGUACUCCGGAAAACGCUGUGACCAAGUGAGCACCACCUGCAUUACCUGCAACCCGUACUCGUACUGUAAAGGAGAGGACGCGGCCGCCGUGUGUGAAUGUUUGCCUGGAUACAAGAAGUUGCCGCAGAGCAGAUGCGCAAGUAUUUGUUCGCCGAGAGACUGCGACGUCAACGCCCAGUGCUCCUCACAGGGGUCAAAGGUCAGCUGCGCCUGUAAGCCCGACUACGAGGGUGAUGGCAAGAUCUGCGUACCCAAAAACCCUUGCUCCACAAACAAUGGAGGCUGUCCGCUGAACUCUACCGUCUGUGUCUUCAAAGGACCCAACAAGUCCAGCUGUGAGUGUAUGUCGGGGAUGACUCCGAUGGCCGGCGACCCUGCGUUUGGCUGUCAGCUGACCUCCGCCUGCUCAGCCGACACCUGCCACCCCACAGCCCUCUGUGAAACUGGACUGGAUGGACACCCCAGGUGUGUGUGUGAGGUGGGUCAGAUCGGUGAUGGGCGGCGUUGCUAUGGUAACCUGAUUGAGCAGUUUAUAGAGCUGGAAAGAAGCGGAAGUCAGAGAGGAAAUCUGACCGCAGCCGUCGCCAUGUUCGAGAGAAGUUGCUCAAGGCAGCUGAUGUACGACGGACCCUUCACAGCUUUCCUCCCCCUGCUUAAAACACCUCUGACUGGCGUCAAUGAGGAGCAGAUAUGUUUAAACCACCUGAUCCUCGGUCAGCACCUCUACAAGGAUUUGGAGGGACGAGACUUCAACCUGUACGGAGGAGCCAAGUUGAGGAGCAAAAACAGCAAGAAAUUCAUCCUGAUGGACGACCCCAGCAAACUGUACACCAUCAUCCAGGAAGAUCUGCCAGCAGCCAACGGGAUCAUCCACAUCAUCGACCGACCAAUCAUGAACACACUCCCGAUCAGGCCUACUCGUGAUGAACAGUUUGCUGAUAAGACGAUCGGGGAGAUUCUGACUAAGGAUGAUAAAUACAACCGCUUCCUGUCUCUGGCUGAUAACUGCGGGACUCGCCUCCCUCUGAGGGGUCCGGGACCACUGACGGUGUUCAUACCAACCAACCAGGCUAUCGACCGAGCCAGAGACGGCAGCAUCCUCUACAUGCUGAGCGAUGCCAGACAUAAACUUCAGGAACUUCUCAAACAUCACAUGUUCUCCCAGGCUGCGCUGACAGUCGACGACUUGGGCGCUCUUUCUCGGAUCCAUACGAUGGCCAAUCAGGUUGUCACCAUCUCUGUGUCUGAUGAUGGUGAGCUCCAACUGGGUGAGAAGGGCAUCCGUCUGACGAGCACCAACAUCAUGGCGUCCAACGGGGUCAUCCAUAUGAUUGACGGCCUGCUGUAUCCACCCUCCAUACUUCCCAUAUUGCCUCACCGCUGUGAUGUCAUCGAGAGCAAAAUCACCGUGGGUCCAUGUGUCCACUGCAGUUACCUCUAUGAGACUCAGUGUCCAGAUGGCAGCACUGAAAUGGACAAUCAUCUGGUUGGCUGUGAAUAUGUCACGUCUCCACUCCGGUCGACUCUCAGUAAAGGCUGCGCCAAAUACUGUAACACCACCAAACAGACGGCAGAGUGUUGUAAAGGUUUCUUCGGUCCGGACUGUAAACCCUGUAUUGGAGGAUUUCAGCGUCCCUGCUACGACAAAGGAACGUGCAUAGAUGGCAUCCAUGGCAACGGCCAAUGCAGUUGUCAUCAAGGCUUUACGGGUGUCGCCUGUCAUAUCUGCGCCGAUCCAUCCAAGCAUGGAGAAAAUUGUGACGAAGAGUGUCACUGUGUCCACGGUCUGUGUGAUAACCGCCCAGGCACUCGUGGUGUGUGUCGCAGAGGGUCGUGUUUGGAGGGAUACUCUGGAGAAAACUGCGAUAACACGGCCACACCUUGUAACUCUGACGGACUGCAGGAACACUGUCACAUUAACGCAUACUGUACACACGUGGGGCUGCAUACCACGUGUGUGUGUAGGGACGGAUAUGAGGGUGACGGUCACUCCUGUACUGCUUUCAACCCCUGCCUGAAAAGCGACCGAGGAGGCUGCGACACUAACGCACAGUGUGUGUAUGUGGGUCCGGGUAACGUGUCGUGUGUGUGCGCUGAGGGUUGGACAGGUGACGGCAGAGUGUGUGUGGAGAUCAACAACUGUCAGCUGAAUAGUCGAGGAGGCUGCAGCCCCAACGCCGACUGUACACACAUCGGACCCGGACAGAGCGAGUGUGUCUGUAAAACAGGUUACAGCGGAGACGGGAUCGUGUGUGACCUCAUCAACCCCUGCCGCAAGAACAGAGGAGGCUGCCAUGAACUGGCAAAGUGUGAGGUGCAGAAGAACGGGACUCACACCUGUACCUGUCCUGACGGCCACGCUGGAGACGGAACCAUCUGCUACGGUGCAAUAAUGGAGGAGCUGGAAAUGAACAGAAAAAUUUUCAGUUUCAACCGACUGAUCCAGAAAUACAGUCACUUCUCUGAGGACCUCAGCGGGAACAUCACACUUUUGGUUCCAUCCGAAGGGGCUCUGAGGAACAUGAGUGCAGAUCUUGGCACGUUCUGGAGCAGCCGACACCACCUGCCUCACUUCCUGCGGGCUCACGUCCUGCAGGGGAUCUACUCUGUAGAAGAUCUGGACGGACUGGUGGGCAGCAGGCUGCCCUCCCUGAACCCUUCCGUCCAAUGGGAGAUCAGAAACAGCAGCGGGGUGAUCCAUAUUGGAAACGCCUCCAUCGUCACACACAACCUGCCUGCAGUCAACGGCUACAUCCACAUUGUAGACCAGAUUAUGGCACCGACCCAAUCAAACCUCCCGCCCGAGCCCCCUUUUUUGAUGGCCUUCCUGAACUCCUCCUCCAACUUUACUCUGUUCAGACAGUACCCUGUGAUGUACAACCUGUCAUUAGAGCUGGGUGAGUCCGAUUUCACCCUCCUGCUGCCGACUGACGAGGCCAUGAGGCAACACCUCAGCAAGACUAACUCCUCCCUCCUGGACUAUGAUGUGUUUAGGUACCACGUGAUUCCUAACGAGCUGCUCUUCCCUGACCACCUGAUUGACGGCGCAAUGAAAAGCACUUUACUGGGCAGCGAAAACGAGGUCCAGUUCCACCUAAACAACAACAACAAGACAGCCGUGAAUGAUGUUCCUCUCGACGGCAGUUUCAUCGAGACGCAGUACGGCGUUAUCAUCGUCGUCAAUCAAGUCCUCGAGGUCCGCCGCAACAGAUGCAACAGACCGAUCACCCUGCGAAUCAACGGGAGGUGUGCAGACUGUAAUGGACCUCCUCGAUGUUUCCUCAGUUACAAACCGAUCAGAAGCCAGUUUCUGGCCAACAUGAAGUCCAACUGUAAAUACAGGAAGCGGGUCGGAUCCAGGAGGAAGUCGGUGCCAGGCUGUUUAAUCAAAUGUCUUCGGGUCACCACGGAUCACUCCUGUUGCCCUGGUUACUACGGUCAUGAUUGCCACAAAUGCCCAGGAGACAUUGGCAGCUGGUGCUCCAAUCAUGGGGAGUGUCAAGACGGUACCCUAGGCAACGGAGAUUGCCGUUGCUAUGAGGGUUUCCAUGGCACCGCGUGUGAGGACUGUGAGCCGGGACGAUACGGAGUCAACUGCUCCCUCAAGUGUGCGUGUGACCAUGGGAAGUGUGAGGACGGACUGGCAGGAAGUGGCAAGUGUGUUUGUUAUAAAGGUUGGAAAGGUUCUUCAUGCUCUAAAGAGGCUACGGAUGAAGCCUGUGGAAAUGUUUGUGACGAAAACGCCAACUGUAUUACAGGACCGGAAGGAACAGCUGCUACCUGCCUGUGUGUGGCUGGAUAUGAAGGCAACGGCACCUAUUGCAAAGAGGUGGAUUUGUGCAACAGGUCUAACGGUGGAUGCUCACAGUUUGCUGUAUGUACAAAGGUCUCAGCAGGAGUGAGGACCUGUACCUGUAGAGAGAGCUACACUGGAGAUGGGGUUGUCUGCCUGGAGAUUGACGGCUGUCUCGUCAAAAACGGAGGCUGCCACGUGUCAGCAGACUGCAUCAGAACAGGCCCGAACACUACGGCCUGCCGGUGUAAGAUGGGCUUCAAAGGAUCAGGGAGGUUCUGUUUCCCAGUCAACCCGUGCAAUAUAAACAAUGGCGGCUGCAGUAGGUAUGCUCGCUGUGAGUACUUGGGUCAGGGUCAGAGGAACUGCACCUGCUACAGAGGCCACGUGGGCGACGGAUUAGAAUGCCGAGGAGGGACCAAGUCUGAAGUGUUCCGACUUCCAGAGAACAGCUUCUUCCGUCACAUGUUAUCUAUGUCAAAUUAUAUGGGUCUUAAUAAUGACGGCAGGUUCACCGUCUUCGUCCCUGCUGAAGAAACCAACAAUAUCACCUCUGUUGAGGAAUGGAAGCAGCGCGGUCGUCUUGGUGAUCUGGUCGGUUACCACAUUGUUACAUGUGAGACUUUGAACUUAAGUGACCUCAAAACCACUGAGCGCGCCAUCUCAACAUCCGGACAUACACUGUACUUCAGCCUGAAGCAGGGUUCAGUCUGGAUUAACAACAAGUCGAAGAUCAUUAAGAGCGAUUACAUCACAGCUAACGGAGUCAUUCACCACAUCGACACCAUGUUGACACCUUACAAGCUGCAGGAUAGACCAAGUAUUCUGUCUGACAAGAUGAACUUCACCUCAGCAGCUGCUUUUUAUGGCUACAACCGUUUCUACAAACUCGUGGAGGACGCAGGAUUACUCCCUGAGCUCCAGAGGUCCAUCCACCAGCCGUUCACCAUGUUUUGGCCCACAGACGAGGCUUUCAAUUCCCUUCCAGCUGAAAGACAGCGCUGGCUCUCCAGCCCCGACCACCAAGACCAGCUGGCUGCAACUCUGAAGGCUCACAUCUUACGCAACGGCAAGAUAAUGAGUGUCAGUGACCCGGAUAGACAGUCGACGUUCCGCACCAUGCACGGAUCCACCAUCAGCUUCACAUGUGACAAGACCGUGGUGGGGGGUCUAUUGCUUAAUAAUAACGCAGCCAAGUUAGUGGAGCGCUACAUGAUGUUCAAAGAGGGCUUGGCUUAUGGCAUCGACCAGUUACUGGAGCCACCUGGACUGGGAGCGCACUGCGAUGGCAUCGAAAACAAAACCACCUACGGACGCUGUGGACGCUGUCUCUUCCCUCCAUCCUGCCCUUUUAGACAUGAAGACACAAGAAAUGUGGAGCGUUGUAUUAACUCUCGCUCCAGGUUUGGCUCACGUUGGUAUCCUGACAUGGACGAUUAUUUCAGCCGGAUUGGCUGUAAAAGAAUUUGUCAGUUUCCCUCCUGGGUCCAGAAGUGCUGCAAAAACCACUACGGCCGAGACUGUCAAGUUUGUCCAGGUGGCGUGGAGGCACCUUGUAGUAACCAUGGUGACUGUGAUGAUAAUGUGCAUGGUUCAGGAAAAUGUUUGUGCUACAAAGGCUUCAGAGGACAAGCCUGCGAACUGUGUAAACCCGGCUACUACGGUUCCAACUGCACAGCCUGUGACUGUGGGUCGAGAGGAAGGUGUGAUGAAGGCAUUGACGGUUCUGGACAGUGUGUGUGUGAGCCGGGCUGGCAGGGCGAUCGCUGCCAGACCGAUCUAGGCUCGAUCCCAGAGGAGUGCCGGCAGUGCCACGCUCAGGCCGACUGUAUGCCAGGUGUUGGUUGUCAAUGUAAAUCUGGGUUUCAGGGGAACGGCACCUUCUGCAGUUCUGAACCACCUCCAGAUCUCUGCUCUGAGUAUAACGGCGGCUGUCACCAGAACGCAGACUGUAACCAGACGGGACUGCUCGUCAACUGCACCUGUCAGAGUAAUUACCAAGGAGACGGCUACUCCUGCGAGCCCAUCGACAGAUGUGUCGAGGAGGUAAAUGGCGGCUGCAGUGACUUUGCCACCUGCAAGUUCACUGGUCCGAACGAGCGCCAGUGUGAAUGUCUGGCGGGGUACGUGGGUAACGGACUCCAGUGUUUGGAGAAGGUGGAGCCCCCUUGUGACCGCUGCCUGGUAAACAACGGAGACUGUGACCCCGUGGCCUCCUGCAAAGACCUGCAUUUCCAUGCCAACACAGCUGGAGUUUUCCACCUGCGUUCUCCGGCGGGAAAAUACAAGAUGAACUUCAGUCAGGCAGACGCCGCCUGCCAGGCCGAGGGCGCCACGCUGGCUAGCUUCAAACAGAUGGGAGACGCACAGCAGCUGGGGUUGCAUCUGUGUGUGGCCGGCUGGUUUGAGGGGGGAAAGGUGGGAUACCCGACCCGCUUCCCCUCGGUCAAGUGUGGAGACAACCACGUGGGUCUGGUCCUCUACAAAGAACCCGUAGACCAGAGCAGCAUGUACGACGCCUACUGCUACAGGGACCAAGAUGUGUCGUGUGUGUGUCUCGCUGGUUACAUCGGAAACGGAGACUUCUGUAACGGCGUCCUGACCAGCGUCCUUGCAACAUACACUAACUUCUCCAUCUUUUAUAAGUUCCUGUUGGACUACAGUGAUUCGUCCUUGCAGGGCAAACAGCUCGUUGAAUAUUUAUCUCACAGAAAAUCUGAGGUCACGCUGUUUGUUCCUCAUGAUGCCGGCUUUGCCCCAAACCAGACUCUGUCUGGUAGAGAUCUUGAGUAUCACAUCUCAGCCAAUCACAGUAGACGAUCAUUCAAGGAGCUGAGACACCAGGAAGUCAUCGCAUCCAGGCUUGGGUUCAACAUAACUGUUACCCACGGCAACAAUGAGAGCCGUAAACUGGUGAACCAGCGGCUGCUGUUGGAGUGGGACAUUCCUGCUAUAAAUGGCAUCAUCCAUAUCAUCGAGGCCCCGCUGACAGCACCCCCCCUACCGAUCCCCCAUCAUUCCUACCGUGGCCACGCCCACUCAAGCGGCGCGGUGUCGGCCAUCUUGGUGGCAGUGUUGGUGGCGUGUGUGUUGGCCGGACUCGGAUACUACGUCUUCAGAAACAAAACAGACGCCUUCCGCUUUCACUACUUCAGAAAUGAGGAUGAGGACGGUGCAGCGGGCGGCAGGACCAGACCCACGCUGGUCUCCAUCCCCAACCCUCUGUACAGCGGCUCCAGAGCCUUCGCCGAGCCGUUUGGGGACACCGGUCAGACGGGGGAGUCGGAAGAACCUGAAGAAACUCCAAAGAUUCUUGACCUGGACCAGUAGAGCCAGUUAACCAGCAAAACUGGAGCUGUCGGUCUGUUUCCACACCACAGUAAACAGACUUUGACGUGGUUUAGCUCUUACUCAGUUCAUCUCUAUCCAAAUACAAACACGUUGUCAGUUUAAUUAUAUCCAGACGCUCUCUGGGAGGAAAAUCAAAUGAUUGCCAUUAAAAGCUGCACUAAUCAAAUUUUUCAUUACCAAUGGAUCAGCUGACUCUGUGUAAUAUGACAAUGUGAAAUAUGGGAGUUAUGAACGCACAGUUUUAACCAGCUCUGCACCUGCACAGAGCUUUUUAGCCUCUUUUAGCUCCUGGUUUUGUUUUUUUCAGCAGCAAACAGCAGCUCAAGUGAGAGACUAGCUGGUGAAGAAAGUUUGAACAUCUUUUAGUUUAAGAGGAGCUGGC